AUGCGUGUGGCGAUUCUCAUAUGGUUGACUCUUCAAAAUAGUAUUCACACGCUAUUGAUUCGGUACUCUCGUGCUCGAGAGGUUGAACAUAUGUUCUUAUCGACAGUGGCUGUAUUUUUCACGGAAGUUAUGAAAUGUGUUGUUUGUCUUGCUAUCAUUCUCAAGGAGGAGACACCUUCAAGGUUUCUUGGAGUUCUGAUGGAUCAGGUGGUGCGACAGCCGUACGAUACCUUGAAAGUCUGUGUGCCAGCGAUGGUAUACAUUGUACAGAAUAAUUUGUUCUAUAUUGCUGCAUCACAUCUGGAUGCUGCAACUUUUAUGGUAGGUUUACCUUUUUCGUGCAGUGUACUUUUUUGA